AUGGGAGAGUCCAGCGGCUCCGUUUCCAUCGACAUUGAGAGGAUAUCUCUUGGGGGGAAGGUAGGGACACUUGCUCGACAGCUGGAUCUGGUCAUGCAUUUCUGUGCUGCGCCUGUUUUUUUUCCAUCUCUUUUCUGAGGAUUCUGUUGAGCAAUUUGGUCUGCUUUUCUUGCUUGAGAUGGAGCGGUGCCCGCGGUUGCUCUCGUUUUUAUGCAUUUUCUUUCUUUUCCAGGAUUUCUUUUAUUCUCAAUGCUUGAUUAGUGCUUGGGUUUGUACAUGUUUUUGGUAAGCUGAUGGCUGUUUUAUUUGAUUUCAGAAAGUCAAUUUGGUUCUCAUAUCCAACGUCCACAAUGAUCUAAUAAAGGAACGAUUUCCUCUCUCUAAUUUUUCCAAUGAUAGAAGCUUCGUAUAUUCGUUUUUGAUCUUUUAAUAUUUUUAAUGAACAGCCUUGUAGCAACCUAUUUCACGUAAGCACAUUCAUAAGAACCAACCACCCGAUCACCCACUCUCACAAAGAGCGAGGGGCGGAAUGGAAAUAUUGGGGGAUCAAUGGGGGAUUCAAAUUUCAGUUGUAACCAUUUCUGAUUAGGCGUUCGCACGUUCUCAGAGGAUCUGAAAUGAGGGUGAUAGCCUGAUAGAGUGAAUAAUUAUUAUUUCUGGAGAUAUAAAUAACUACAGAGGGUUGUUUUUUUUCUUUUAGGUAAAUCCCAUACUUGCUCCUCAAAUUCUAAGAAGAGGUUGACUGAUUGCACGAAUUAUUGUUUUUUUUUCGCACGGAUGGGAUUAAUUGAUGGCGAAGAUUAUGUUGUUUAGUGGGAGUGUUAUUUUUUUUCGUGUUCUUUUUCCGUUAAAUAGUUUUCUACGUUUCUUUUGUAACUCCUAGGCAUCCCUUUGGGAAAGUUGAAUUUUCUAAGGUUAUUAUUGUUUUCCCUGGCUCUCAGAUGAUAGGCUUGCCUUUCCACUUUGGGAUUAUGUUCUUCUUUUCCCAACCUUUUCAAUGGUUUUUCUUUUACGUUGUUCCUGUUGAGGUUUAAGUUCUCACGAUUCUUGGAAGGAAAUAUUUGUUGUGUUUUUUUGGCUAACACAUACACAUAAUCUAUGUUGCGUUCUUGAGAUCAUAAAAAGAGUUUAAUAUUUCUACAUUAGUGGUAUUCCUUGGAAAGAAACAUUAUUCAGUGGUUUUCUGUGCUUCCUCUCCCCCCUCCCUGCGUGCCCCCUCCAUGUCCAAAGAUAACUAAAAACCAACUCAAUAAAGAAGAUGAAGAAAAAGACUGAAAUGUUUUCCUUUCUGAUGAUUACUGCCUACGCUGAAUAGACGGGUUUUAUGAUCUGAAGAGCAUGACGCAGAUAGCAAGUUGGUGUUACUCUAGAUAAAUUGAUGACAACUGUUUAGUAAGAAUAUGAUUUCUUCUGUUUUUUUGAAAUGAUAUUUAAAUGUCCGUAGUUAGUUUUCUCUUAUGCCUCUUUGAUUGGUUGUGAACAUAUGGCGAUAACAUUAGUGACUGUUGUUUAGAUAUUCAACCAUGCCUCACGUUUCUAAAUCAUAUUCAUUCGUUUUGCUUACCAUUUUUAACUUACAUGAUGUUCCUAUUGAUAACAUGGAGAGCUUUUUCUUGACGUUUUCUUGUGAAAAUUUCCAUAAAUUGAUUCAUUGCAUUAAUUUUCUCAUGCCUGUCAUAUUCACUCAGGAACAUAUUGUACAAACUAGCUUUGGAUUAGUGUCUGUUGUUAUAUAUGGCGACCAAGACAAACCCGCCCUCAUCACCUAUCCAGACAUCGCACUAAAUCGUGAGUACUGGUAUCUGCUACUAUUUUUUUAGCUUCUAAAUCCCCAACUUCCUGUUGUAGAUUGGGCUGUUUCCAAGUUGCUUUCUGGGAGAAAAUCGUUUUCUUUUCACUUAUGUGAAGUGAUUCACUUGUGUUACGCAUCAAUAUGUACUUUUCAACGUUGAUCAUUUGCUCUAUCAAUGUACUCUCUUUCAUUAAUUGAUUUCAUCUGUAUCAUGCUUUCAUCCAACUGGAAGCAUCUAAGUUUCAAUUUUUGUCUGAUCAGAUAUGUCCUGUUUCCAAGUACUAUUCUUUUGCCCGGAAGUUUCUUCUUUGCUGCUCCACAACUUUUGCAUCUACCACAUCAGUCCUCCAGGUCAUGAGGUCGGUUAUUUUCUCCACUUAGGAUGCAUAUCCUAUCUUCAUCAAUCAUCACAUGGCUACGAGCUCCUUGAAUAUUGUGUUAACAACAUUCUUUUUCGUAAUUUUGCUCAAGAGUUCUUGCAGUUAGGAGCUGCUCCGAUUUCUUCAGAUGUUCCUGUUCCUUCGGUGGAUGACCUAGCAGAUCAGGUUUCUGAUGUUCUCAACUUCUUUGGGUAAUAGUCUAUGUUAUUUUGGUCUUCGACCAAUUGUGUACAGUAUGCGAUUUUCGAUCUUUUCAAGUUUCUAGACACUUGGAAGUAUGUUAAUUUGUGUGGUCAUUUUGUUCCUUCCCAGACUACAUGCAGUGAUGUGCUUGGGUGUGACUGGUGGUGCAUAUGUCCUUACCCUCUUCGCUGUAAGUCCCUUGAAUGAAGGCAAUGAUCUAUGAUGCGGUCAUAUGCAACUGAUGUCUAAUGUAGGGAGUAUGCUUCUGCCGUCCUUCAGAUGAAGUUUAGGGAGCGUGUUCUUGGUUUAAUACUGGUCUCACCUCUUUGUAAAGCUCCCUCAUGGACUGAGUGGUUGUACAACAAGGUUCAACCCUUGAGCUGCCCCUUUAAUUAUGUUGAUUAGUGCGAUCCCUGUGUAAGACUUUAUUGCUAAGAUCUUCCAUGUUCUGCAGGUAAUGGCUAAUCUUCUCUAUUUCUAUGGCAUGUGUGGUUUGGUAAAGGAAUGCUUGCUUCAACGCUACUUUAGCAAGGUAUUUUUGUUCAUGGGUCAUUCUUCGUAACAGUUGGGAAUCAUCUGCCAUAUUUCCCAUCAGUUAACAAGUCUCUCUUUCUGUCUACAGGACGCACGGAUCCCUGAAUCGAAUCUAGUAAAGGCUUGCAGAAGUGUUAGUACUCAUCAUACACUGUAUUGUUUCUUCGGUUGCGAACCGAAUACUUCAAUUAUCGGUCGUCUGACAAUAUUUCUUGUCUCUACAGCUUCUAGACGAGAGGCAGAGUAUAAACGUGUGGAGAUUUCUCCAAGCAGUCAAUGGGUACGCUCUCAUUUAUUUCCACGAUGACCUGAACGGCCUCUUAUUGCCCUCUAUCUAGUUAACGGCUGAUGUUCCCCACAGGAGACACGAUCUCACAGAAGGGUUCAAGAAACUUCGGUGUAGGACCCUGAUAUUCGUGGGUGAGAGCUCGCCUUUCCAUUCCGAGGCCCUCUACAUGGCCACCAAUCUCGACAGGAGAUACAGCGCCUUGGUUGAGGUAUGACUUCACCAUCCUUUUCUCAUGAACACCAUUCGCUUUGCCAUCUGAUAAUCUGCCUCCUAAAUCAUUGCCUUACUCCCCCCGCAUCAAAAUCGGGACAGGUUCAGUCAUGCGGGUCUCUGGUGACCGAGGAGCAGGCCGACGCGAUGCUGGUGCCCAUGGAAUUCUUCCUCAUGGGUUACGGCCUCUACAGACCGGCGCGGCUGAGUGGCAGCCCCAGGAGCCCUCUCAGCCCGUCAUGCAUCUCCCCUGAGCUGCUGUCUCCGGAGAGCAUGGGCUUGAAGCUGAAGCCUAUAAAGACGAGGGUCUCGCUACAAGUGUGA